UUAUUCGUUACAUUCGAUAGUUGGCAAGCACUGCAACUGGUGCUUGCUCGCGAUAGGUGUUGUCUCUACUUUUUUAUUUAUUUUCAAUUUGGGCGACUGUCACAAGGUGUUGUUUUUUUGUUGAUUUUGUUUUUGGUUGCGGCAAACGGAGAGAAGUGGGAGAGAUGUCGUGGGUCUCCGACUACCAGUAUACGUGUCUGCAAAAGUUGGCGUUCCAAACGCUUCAACUGACCGGCUACGUGCCGCAUCACAUUGCAUUCGUCAUGGAUGGCAAUCGAAGGUUCGCACGGUCCAAGCACAUUGACAAGAUUGAGGGGCAUUCGCUUGGCUUUGCCAAGCUGGCUGAUGUGCUGCGCUGGUGCCUGGACAUGGGUAUACGUGAGGUGACCACAUUUGCGUUCAGCAUCGAGAAUUUCAAGCGAUCCAGCGAAGAGGUCGAGGGCCUCUUCAAUUUGGCACGCGAGAAAUUCUCCACAUUGCUGGCGGAGACGAGUCGCUUGGAUGAACACGGCAUACAAAUACGUGUGAUUGGCAAUAUUGAACUGUUGCCAAAAGAUCUGCAGCGAUUGGUUGCCACAGCGAUGUUGCGCACCGAGCGCAAUGAUAAACUGUUUUUGAAUGUCGCCUUUGCGUACACAUCACGUGAUGAGAUCACCCAGGCAGUUGAGGCUGUCCUCAAGAAUAAUAAUGAUGACGAUGAUGAUGAGGGCCAGGAUGCACUGCAACCCACGGAUAUUAAUGAGCGUCUGCUGGAGGCGUGCCUCUAUACGCGUCAUUCGCCGCCGCCAGAUCUGGUUUUUCGCACAUCGGGCGAGACGCGACUAAGUGACUUUAUGAUGUGGCAGCUGAGCACAUCGGUGUUGUACUUCACGGACGUGCUGUGGCCGCAGAUAACUAUUUGGAAUUUCUUGGCCAGCAUAGUUGCCUAUCAGCGGGACAGAUGCCGCCUGGAGGCAUUCAGGCGACAGGAGCGAUUGCAUAGCGUUCAUCUGGCCAAAUCCAGUGAGUUCUACAGUUUGCGUGUUCAGAAAUUUCUGCUCAAAUUGGACGCAAAUCGGCGGAAAUUGCUUAUUAGUCUGGCUUCCAAUUAAUAUGCGGCCAAAAAUUGUUAGUUAAUAAUAAAUGCAUGUUAAUUGUUGUGAUAGGGAAAUAAAUUAAAUUUAACAUAACA